AUGCUCAAUGCCCAGGGCUACUUCAAGUCUCUGAUGCCUACAUUCCGGAGUAGCAAUCCUUACCAUUUCAGAAGUGGCUUAAAGGAUCUCACGUGUGGAAUAGGAACAGCUCCGGUCUACAGCUCCCAGCGUGAGCGACGCAGAAGACGUGAUAUUAAAAACCUUACAUCUGGUGCUGAAACCCAGGAGGGGCUCAGGUCUGCAUCCUCCAUGGACCUACCCCUCCACCCCAGAAAGCAGGCCACAGCAGCUGGACAAAGGAAGCUCCUUGGUCUCCAGUCACUUCUCUGUGCAUGCACAUCAGUCGCUGAUCUUGCCUACUGGGCCCUGCAGGCCCCCAGGGCCGCAGCUCCACACGGAAGCCUCCAAGCAAUCCACCUCCACCUGGCACAUGUUUCAAGUGCAGCAAUAAAGGCCACUGGUCCAGAAAAUGCCCAAAUCCAGGUAGGCCCACCAGACCAUACCUCCUCUGCAGAGGACUCCACUGGAAGUUGGACUGUGAGUGGCCCCUGCAAGGACCACCCCCAUCCCUUCCUGAGCCGGCCAAAACCUCCUACUCAGAUCUCAUUGGUCUUGCCGCUGAAGACUGACGGUGCCCUGGAACGGAUGCCCCAGCAACUACCAUUGCUUCAUCGGAGCCAAGGGUAA